AUGGAGACCCGUGGCCGAUUCCAGCUGGUCGGGGACCCGCAGGACAGCAACUGCUCCUUGGGCAUCAGAGAUGCAAAGAGGAAGGACACGGGAAGAUACUUCUUCAGAAUACAGGGCAAGUUUUGUCCCCACGAUGGCCCCAGCCUGGGUGUGUCUCCCCCAGUGCUCACGGAGGUCCCUGUCGUGGAUGUGUCCGAGAACCUGCAGUCUGGACGCUGCAGUAACGUCACCUGUUUGGUGCCGUGGGCCUGUGAGCAGGGGACGCCCCCUGUGUUCUCCUGGAGUUCGUCGUCCCCCACGGUCCUGGAACCCGGGGCCAACCCCACCCCUGUGCUCCCUAUCACCCCAUCGCCGGAGCAUCACGGGGCCAAUCUCACCUGCCAGGCAACCUUCCCUGGAGUUGGAGUGACAGUGGAGAGAACCGUGCGGCUCAAUGUAUCCUAUGCACCUCAGAACCUGAGAAUCAGUGUGUCACGGGGAGCCGGCACAGGUAGAACGGGACUUCUCAUCCCUGGGUGUGUGAGUGUGAAUGUGUAAAAGGGUAUGUGUGUGCAUGUGUGAGUGUGAGCAUGUGUGUAUGAGUGUGAGUGUAUGAGCAUGUGUUGCAAGUGUAUGAGUGUGUGAGUGUGACCAUCUCCACUCAGCAGAGAGCAGAGGUGUGGCAGGCCUCAGGAGGAAGGCUCAGGAACAUAGUGACAGGCUGGUUUCCUGCAGGCCCAAUAGGCAGCCAGAAUCCCCGAUCACCAGAGUCCUUGA